AUGAAUAAGUCAUUAACUUGGUUAUUUUUAAUUAGUACUAGUUUGAUUUGUUCAUAUUUUUUUGGAAUUUUUGAUACUGGCCUUGAUUUUCUAUUAAGUUAUCUUUAUAUUCGACAUAAAACACUUCGUCGUCGUCAGCGUCCAGCACGUAUUUUUCUUGUUCGACAUGGUGAAUCUCAAGCAAAUGUUGAUUUGACUUUAUAUGGUCGUAUGGCUGAUCAUGAUAUUGAAUUAACUAAAAAAGGUUGUGAACAAGCUAUUGAAGCUGGUAAAAAACUACAUUCAUUAAUUGGUGAAGAAUCAAUUUAUGUUUAUAUGAGUCCAUAUAAACGUUCAAAACAAACUUGGUUAUGUAUACGAAAAUCAUUUUCAUUAUGGCAAAUUAUAGGUGAACGUGAAGAUCCACGUUUACGUGAACAAGAAUUUGGUAAUUUAACUGAUUUAAAAACACGUACACAAGUAUUAAAAGAACGUGAUCGUUUAGGACAUU